AUGCCGGCCGAAGAACCAGAUCCUCGUCCAAGCUACUGGGAACGACUCAGCGAACAAGACAAGCAAACAUACAUGAUUCUCCGAACAACUUUUUCAAGUGCGAAUUGCAAAAAUCGAAGAAACAAAAGCGCAGAAACAUUUAAAGAGAUCAUUGACUCUUUAAAGGCCUUUGUCAUGAGAGGUGAUUCAGAAGAUAGAAACAGAGCACUAGUUUGCGGCAUUUAUUGGUUGAAAGAUUCAAUCGCAAUCAAUACCAGGCAAUUGAUCAAGAUCCUUUCUAAGUGCAAAUCAUCUAUAAACGGAUCAUUCCAGCAGCUUGGCUAUGGAACAAUACCGGCAGGCGUUGAUUCAUGUGGAGAACUCAUAAAAGUUUUCCCAGAGUGGAAUAACAACUUUUCAGAGCUCAGACAAUGGACAGUUAGACAAUUAAUGUCAUCUGCUCCAAAACCAUCAAGUAUAGCAGAGUUUUUGCAGAAAACAUUGCAAAAUCAAAAUCAAACUCAACAAUUUUUUACUCCACCCCCAAAUCAGUUGGAGAUGAUGAAUUUACCAGGAGUGUCAAUAGGAAUGAAUAAUCAAUUCACUUCCGCUCCUCCUGCACCGAUAAUUGAACAGCCUGCUCAGGAUUUUAAUAAUUUCCAUGAGCAGCCACUCAGCCCACAGCCUGAAAUUGAUAGCUAUGCCUUUGAAAAUGAUGACAUAUCUAAUUUUAUGUGGGCUGCUUUCUAA